AUGGUACAUGUUAGAAGACGUGAAACAAGGAGUAAUUCUAAAACUCAAGAGCAUGAACAGAAAUCUCGAGUCGAUUGGAGGCGGACUAAAAGAAGUAGUCUCUUGCAAUUAUGUGAGAGUGAUGAUGAGCUUGAGAGUGGUGACGAGCUUGAGAGUGAUGAAAGUGCUGACAGUAAUGAAAGUGUUGACAGUGACGAAGAUCCAGACAGUAACAAGGGGCCUGAUUGCAUUAAGAAGCCAGAAAAUGAAAGAGAGCUUAAACUAAUUAAUGUUGAAGGUGAAGGAAACAGCAGUAAGCAUCUCAUUAACACUGACAACAGUUCAAUAUGUGAAGAAGAAAAGAACAAAACUAAGCAUGAAAGUAUUGAUUCAGCAGACCAUGGAAAGGGCUCAGGCCAAGAGGAGGGUGAUCUCAGCAGACACACUGGACAAGUAACAGAGGAGGAUUUAGAAGAAGAACACAUCAAGCGAGGGAAGAGGAAAAGGAUCUCCUCUGUCAUGUGUGACAGUGAUGAGAGUGAUGACAGUGAUAUCCUAGUUAGCAAAGUGGGUGUUAAACGUCCACGUAGAGUGGUUGAAGACGAAUGUUCUUCGGUGGAGAUGGAGCAAAAAAAUCCUGAAAAAACUUCAGCCACAAGAAAGCAAGAACAGCUGCAGAAACUUAAAGAACUCUCAAAACAGAGAUCUCGUCAGAGACGUAAUAGUAGUAGAGAGUUUGAGGACUCUGAAAAGAAAUCCUCCCCCAGCAGUGAUGAAAAUGAUGUUGAGGAGGAAGAGGAAGAAGACAAUGAUUAUGAAUCUGGUGAAGAUGGAGAUAAUUAUAUUAUUGAUGGCUUUGUAGUACAAGAUGAGGAGGGUGAUGAAGAAAAUAAAAGCCAACGAGGAGAACAAUUGACUACCUCACAACUGAAAUUAGUAAAACAGAAUUCUCUUUAUUCUUUUAGUGAUCACUAUACUCACUUUGAAAGAGUUGUGAAGGCUCUUCUGAUCAAUGCUCUAGAUGAAUGUUUUCUGGGAACAUUAUAUGAUGGCACCAGGCAGAAAUCGUAUGCACAAGAUAUGUUGACUUCUCUUCAUUAUUUGGAUAACCGCUUUGUUCAGCCUCGUUUAGAGAGUUUAGUCUCUAGAAGUCGUUGGAAAGAGCAAUACAAGGAGCGAGUAGAAAAUUAUUCUAGUGUAAGUAUCCAACCGAAGAAUCCUGAGAACUGUUCCUGCCAGGCUUGUGGGCUGCAUCGCCACUGUACAUACUCGGUGCAUUUAUCAGGAAAGCUGUAUAACACCAGGACCAUGGAGACAGAUGAUUUCAUGUCACACGAUAAACAGGUGUUUACUGUUGGCAGAGUUUGUGCUGAGCGAACCAGAAUUUACCAUAAACUGAAACAUUUUAAAUUCGAGCUGUACCAAGAGUGUUGCUCCAUUGCAAAGACAGAAGAGGUUGAGGAUGAACAGGUUAAAGAAACAGUGAAAAGAAUUUUCAAUCAGUCAAGAAACAGUGGCUGGAUUAGAGAGAAAUAUGAACAACUUCAAGAAUAUCUCAAUUUUGCGGAUUACUUUCAAGAUGAGAAGUUUGACUGA